GAAAACCUGACUUCCGGAUAAACAAACGAUUAAAUGACAAUUGAAUCUCGAUAUCCAGUCAUACUGAUACGUUUUUCAAAGAAUUUGGAUCACAGUUCUCAAUAACUUGUAUAUAAGUCGAUAUGAAUUCGCUUGUGGGAUACGGGGUUUCAUCCGAGUCAGAGGAUGAAGAGAAAGGAGAAGACAAUACGAAGGAGUCCUUCAAGAAGACAGAAUGCACUGUAGAGAAGACGAAAAGCCGUAAUUUCCUGUUGGAGUCGGAAUCGCUUUCCAGUGAGUCUGAAUCUGGUCCAGAGAAUGAGGAUCAAGAGGAGCCGCCCAAUGCUGAUCGCUCCAUUUCCGAGCCCUCGCCACUCCUCUCCGUCCGUCCUCACACUCACAAGCUCCCUCCUCCACCUCUGGGAGGAUCCAGCUCGGGUGGAGCGCUUACAGGCAGCAGUGUGUUUGCUAAUCCAUUCAAAGAGCUGGCUGAGGAGAGACUGAAUGUCCUACAGAAACAUGUACCUCUUACUUUACAAGCGCGCCCCGCCCAGAUUGACGGUAAGCGCAUUUGUGUGGCCUACAGGAAGGAUGGCCGCUGCCGCUUUGGAAGCCGCUGCAAGUUCGCACAUGACAGCGAUCUGCAGAGUAACCGUGCGGUCACCUCUGACAGUGGACCAAAAGACAAUGUUACAGUUUCACACGAUGGUCCGCUGGCUUCUUGUGAGGAAGACGCAGAGACAGAUGGAGAGAAAGACAAUGAACAGCGAAAGAAGAGACGAGUGGGGCUGAAUGAUUCUCUCAUUCCACCAAAACGUGCACUCAAGCAGUAUGCCAGACUCUCACAACCAUAAAAGUUCAAAACUUUCUGUCUGUAUGACAUAAUUUGGGUAACAACUUACUUUUAUGUGAAAAACAUCCACGACGACGUGUUAUAUGUAUUAAAUUAAUAUGCUACUGAUGAGAUUGUGAUAAUUAGUCUGUAAAAUGUGUUACAGAUUUUCUCCAGAGGUUUUUGUUUUGUAGACAAAGGCGAUGUGAUCAAUACUAGCAGAGAGACUUGUAAAAAUUCUUCUAACAAAUGUAAGCAAUAGAUGUCAUUAUUAAAAUGGCAUUUAUCUGGGUCUUAUUUGGCUUCCAAAAGCCUCCCUUUUUAAUCCUACAUUAGUCUAAGGUUUUGAAACAAUAAAUGUAAGUAUGUAUACAUAUUGUGUAUUUGAUGACUCUAAAAAUAUAUAUAUGGCCAAUGUUUUUUCAAAUUUAAGUGUCCCUUUUUUGAUAUCAUGGUUCAUUUCUCCUGGGCUUGCACUAUAUAUUGGUGU